AGCCCACAGGUGCGGGUAACAAAGCCUACGAACCGGUUACUUUCUUUCAGCAAAACCAAACCCUAGCAGCACUACUUCAAAAAGAACAGCGCCAUAGCAUAACCCUUCGAAGUCGCCGUUUGUUUUCUUUUCGUUCGCAUCUUCUCUCUCUCUCAGAAAGAUGAAGGUGGUCGCCGCGUAUUUGCUCGCCGUCCUCGGUGGCAACAACAGCCCCUCCGCCGAUGUCAUCAAGGAAAUCCUUGGCUCCGUUGGAGUAGAAGCAGAUGAAGAUAGGAUUGAAUCGUUUUUGUCUGAAGUUAAGGGUAAGGAUAUAGUUGAGCUUAUUGCUGCCGGUAGGGAAAAGUUGGCCUCGGUUCCUUCUGGUGGUGGUGGUGCCGUUGCCGUCGCCGCAGCUCCUGGGGGAGGUGCUGCUGCUGCUGCUCCUGCUGCUGAGGCAAAGAAGGAGGAAAAGGUGGAGGAGAAAGAGGAAUCUGAUGAUGAUAUGGGUUUCAGUCUCUUCGAUUAAUUGGUGUAGUCUAUUCAGCUUUUUUGUUCAGAACAUAUUCUUAAUUAACACUAGAGCAUGAGUUUGUCAAAGUUUUGUUCUAAGGAGUAAUUUACUGUGUUUUUUAAUAUCAAUGACCAACCAAGUUGGAUGAAUUUGGUUUGAUAUUUUAGUGUUUUGAUGUUAUGGAAUUUCAUUUUGGUAAAUCUCAGUCAAGCUUAUUCCUUGUUUUA